AUGAUUAAGCCAAGAUUCAAUAAGAAGCUUUGUGAUUCACUACAUAAAGCGGGCUACUACUUGAAUCCAUAUUUCUAUUAUCUGGCUUACACGGAAAUUGAAAAAGAUAGAACCUUCAUGACAUCCCUUGUAUAUUGUAUGCAUAAAAUCUUCCCAAAUGACCAUGCGACUUUCACUAAGAUUGGAGCUCAAUUACCUAAUUAUCAAGAACGUUUAGGGUCAUUUGGAAAUGAAUAUGCGAAGCGAGGAGCUUCUAAGGGUGAUUGUCCAGUUACAUGGUGGAGGCUUUAUGGGAGUGAUACUCCCGAAUUGAGAAAGAUGGCAAUGAGAAUUUUGGCCUUGACAACUAGCUCUUCGGCAUGUGAAAGAAAUUUGAGCACAUUUGAGAUGAUUCAUACUAAGAAGAGAAAUAGAUUAUCCUACAAAAAGCUUCAUGACCUCGUCUUUGUCAAAUUCAAUGCAAAAUUGAAGAACAAACAUGCCGUCAUAGAUAGAGAUCAUUUGUGCGCCUAUGAUGAUGAGGAAAUGGUCUCCGAAUGGUUGAUGGGUUCAAACGGGGAUGAUAGCGAUGAUGAAGUAUUUCCGGGAGAAUGUUUGAAUUUUAAGCAAGUUUGUGACAUUUCAGGAGCUAAUCCAAGAAAUCGAAAAAGUGCACGAACACGAACCUAUAAAAGAAUGAAAAUGUUAGUAUCAUCUUCUUCGAAGGGGAAGGAGUUGGUGGAGGAUGAUGAGGAAGAAGAUAUUGAGACAUCCUUAGAGUCGAAUGAGGAGGAUAUUCUUACUCUCUAUUUUGAUGAGGAUUGA